CAGAGAAAAGGAAAGUCCAUAAAAUAAAUUAUAAUAAAACAAUGAAAUUUUUCACUGACUCUGUAGCACGUUGUGCUGCAAGAAUCGGUACAUUAAGUGGAUUUGAAAGGUUGCCAAAUAUUUCUUUUGAAACACCUUUACUUCUUAUUUAUACCAAGGGUGGCAGUGUACCACAUUUGACAAAGGAUGUCUUUAAAACUCUAACAACGGAAGAGCAGCUAUUAAUUGUCUCGCUUCCCUCAACCAUGUUGAUGACUGAUGUUAUCAAAGAGCUAGACACUUCUUUUGGUGAUUUUGUUAGUAUGAAGGAAUAUAUAAAUUUUUUAUCAAUACAUGAUCCUGCCUAUACUACGAACUCUGGCUUUCAGCAGUUAGAUACUAUUUCUGUCUGGUCCAGAACAGGAAGAAUCGUUGUUUCGGCUAAUAAAUAUAUGGAAAUGGUGCAAGCGUAUAAACCAGAUCUAUAUGUUGCUCUAUGUGAUGGAGAUACAAAUAUUAAUAGCCGUGCGAAACGAAUAUCAAAGGCAGUACUUCGAAGUAAAACUUUAUUAGAACAAUGUUUAGAUAUCCAUCUACAAUCGGAUAUUUUGAAAUCGAAAGGAAUAUUAGGACCAGUAGAGGGUGGUUAUAACUUGCAAGCUAGGAAAGAAUCCAUAGAUUAUCUAAAAGAUAAGCCUUUGGCAGGAUUUGUAAUAGAUGGAUUACAUAAUAAUGGGCCAGAUGUACAGAAUAUUUCAUCAGAACAAAUUAAACAAGUAGUACAAUAUACCAUCAACUUGCUGCCUAACGAUAAAAUGAGAAUAUCAAUGGGUUGUUGGAAUCCAGUUACUGUAUUGGAUCUCGUUGAAUUAGGAGUAGACGUGUUUGAUUCGUCCUAUCCUUACAUAAUUACUGAACAAUCACAGGCUUUAACUUUCCUGUGUGAUAAUGAUACUUGUGAGAAUAAUCAGCAUGCAAUGUCGAUAGCAGAAAAGAGAUAUGCAGACGACUUCUCUCCUAUUUGUAAAAAAUGCAAGUGUCUUACAUGUCAAAAUCAUACAAGAGCAUAUAUCCAUCAUUUGCAUCAUACCAAAGAAAUGCUUGCUUUAGUACUUUUAAUGAUACACAAUACUCAUCAUUACCUACAAUUCUUCAACCUUAUUCGCGAUAGUAUUAAAAAUGGAACAUUCAAUCAACUUCAAACAAAAAUUCGUCAAAAAUAUGCAACUAGAAUAUCAACUCUUGAAUCUGCUAAAUCUAUUACUGUAUGA